AAAAAAACCGAGAACGGUACAUACAUCUGUUCAUACAUUCACACACGUUUUCACGGCAUUAUUCUUCUCUAUUCGGACGAAAUAGGCUAUUGCUGCUUGCUGCUGGCACUAUUCGAGACCACUAGGAACUUUCACACCGGAGAAACAGUAAAUCACAAAGAAAAAAAAUGUUCAACUCAUUGUUUGAUGCAGCCCGUAAUUCACCGUUCAAGGGACCAUUGACGGUGGCUCAUUGUGAUGGCGGUGCAGCUGCACCAGCUGGUCCAGAUUCAUGUGAAUUUGGUUCCACAAAAUACUUCCUCUUGUGCGGUCUUGGUGGUAUCAUCUCAUGCGGUUCAACUCACACCUUGUUGACCCCAUUGGAUUUGGUAAAGUGCCGUCUUCAAGUUGACCAAGCUAAAUACAAGAAUUUAUUCACUGGUUUUAAAUUGACCUACAAAGAAGAUGGUGCUCGUGGUUUGGCCAAGGGUUGGGCACCCACUGCCUUCGGUUAUUCAGCCCAAGGUUUGUUCAAAUUCGGUUUGUACGAAUGGUUCAAAGUCUACUACUCUGAAUUGUUGGGCGAAGAAAAAUCCUUCCUUUACCGUACCAGUUUGUAUUUGGCCGCAUCAGCCUCAGCUGAAUUCUUCGCUGAUAUCGCAUUGUCACCAAUGGAAGCCGCUAAAGUUAAGAUUCAAACCAUGCCAGGCUUUGCUAAUAAUUUGCGUCAAGCUAUUCCAAAAAUGGUGAAAGAAGAAGGUGUUGGUGCCUUCUACAAAGGUCUUGUUCCAUUAUGGAUGCGUCAAAUUCCGUAUACAAUGAUGAAAUUCGCUGCAUUCGAGCGUACGGUCGAAAUAUUGUACAAAAACUUUGUUCCAAAACCACGUACCGAAUGCACCAAAGGUGAACAAUUGACAGUUACAUUUGCUGCUGGUUAUAUUGCUGGUGUCUUCUGUGCCAUUGUUUCCCAUCCAGCCGAUGUCGUCGUUUCAAAAUUGAACCAAGCUAAAGGUUCAUCUGCUUUCGAAGUCGCUAAGAAGCUUGGAUUCUUCGGUUGUUGGAAUGGUUUGAUUCCGCGUAUCAUCAUGAUUGGUACAUUGACCGGUUUGCAAUGGUUCAUCUAUGAUGGUGUCAAAGUCGGUCUCCAAAUCCCUCGCCCACCACCACCAGAAAUGCCAGCAUCAUUGGCCGCAAAAUUGGCUGCACAAUAAACACCAUGAUAUUUAAAAUAUAGAAAACAUUGUGUCCGCAAACGAAGAGCAAUAGCAUCAUGCUCAAUGUGUAUGUGUGUGUCUACGUUUUAUUCAUUCAAAUUAAAAAAAAAAUAAAUUAAAAUCGUAUUACUACAGAACAGAGCAGUAAAGAUUGCAUACAGUAAGAUCAAAAACAAACACUUUGGCUAUUUAUUUCGAUUAAUACACAAAAUUCAAAUAAAAUUGAUAUUGAUUUUGGUACACACACUGUGUGGCCACAUAAUGUACACUCUAUUUUCUAUCGUUUUUUUGUGUUAUAUUCGCAACUUGUAUCAGGAAUGAAACAUUCUUAUUGUAAGCUUUGAACAAUGUAUAUGAAAUAUAUGAAUUGAAUGAAAUUUCCAGUCGAACGUUA